GGGAAGGAGGAGGAGGACGGGGAGGCGGGGCGGGAAGCAGCCGGAGGAGCCGCGAGGCGCACGAUACUGAAAUUCUCAAGGCACGUUCUCUAUCAUCCCAAUGUAAGGAGCCUCCGGAAAAAUUGCUGCAGUGGUAAAGCUUGGAAGCUCAGACCUUGGGUAUCGGAUGUGGAUCCUCCGAUAGAAAGAAGCCUCCUUGAGCCUAUGUGUUUCUGACUCAUUAAAUUUUAAAAUCCAAAAAGUGCAAGAAGAAAGAUCCAGUGUGAUUAUGAGACACAGCUUUGCGGACGUACAAAUGUCUACCACAAGAUUAAAGUGCAGCAUGGUAUGUUCUCUACCGUAAGCUGUCGUAAAAUGAGCUCAGUUGCAGACAGAGAUGAAGGUAGUAUUUUCGAUGGGCUGGUGGAAGAAGAUGACAAGGAUAAAGCCAAAAGAGUGUCUAGAAACAAAUCAGAAAAGAAGCGGAGAGAUCAGUUCAAUGUCCUUAUCAAAGAACUGGGGUCAAUGCUCCCAGGCAGCGCUCGCAAGAUGGACAAGUCCACUGUUCUGCAAAAGACCAUCGAUUUCCUGCGGAAGCACAGAGAAAUCACCGCACAAUCAGAUGCCAGUGAAAUCCGACAGGACUGGAAGCCUACAUUCCUUAGUAAUGAAGAGUUUACACAGUUAAUGUUGGAGGCUCUUGAUGGUUUUUUUUUAGCAAUCAUGACAGAUGGAAGUAUAAUAUACGUGUCUGAAAGCAUAACUUCACUACUUGAACAUUUGCCAUCUGAUCUUGUGGAUCAGAGUAUAUUUAAUUUCAUCCCAGAGGGGGAGCAUGCAGCAGUUUAUAAAACACUGUCAACUCAUCUAUUGGAAAGUGAUUCAUUGGCCCCAGAAUAUUUAAAAUCCAAAAAUCAGCUAGAAUUCUGUUGCCACAUUCUGCGAGGGACAAUAGACCCUAAAGAGCCAUCUACAUACGAAUAUGUAAAGUUCAUAGGAAACUUCAAGUCCUUGAACAGUGUGUCCAGUUCAACGCACAACGGUUUUGAAGGCACUGUCCAGCGGUCCCAUAGACCUCCAUAUGAAGACAGAGUGUGUUUCGUAGCAACUGUUAGGUUAGCUACACCUCAGUUCAUUAAGGAAAUGUGCACCGUGGAAGAACCCAACGAGGAGUUCACGUCGAGGCACAGCUUGGAAUGGAAGUUCCUCUUCUUGGAUCACAGGGCCCCUCCCAUAAUAGGAUAUUUACCAUUUGAGGUCCUGGGCACCUCAGGCUACGAUUACUAUCACGUGGAUGACCUGGACAAUCUGGCAAAAUGCCACGAGCACCUAAUGCAAUACGGGAAAGGCAAGUCGUGUUAUUACAGGUUUCUGACAAAAGGACAACAGUGGAUUUGGCUCCAGACUCAUUACUACAUCACCUACCAUCAGUGGAAUUCACGGCCGGAGUUCAUCGUCUGUACGCACACGGUAGUGAGUUACGCGGAAGUUAGAGCGGAAAGGCGACGAGAACUUGGCAUCGAAGAGUCUCUUCCCGAGAUAGCUGCGGACAAAAGCCAAGACUCCGGGUCUGAGAACCGAAUCAACACGGUCAGUCUCAAAGAAGCUUUGGAAAGGUUUGAUCGCAGUCCGACCCCUUCCGCCUCGUCCAGGAGUUCUAGGAAGUCAUCUCACACUGCGGUCUCAGACCCUCCUUCGACCCCCACCAAGGCCCCGGCGGCCCCGAGCACUCCCCCGCGCCAGCAGGGCCCGGGACCCGAGAAGACGGCGCACCGACGGUCAUCCCUCAGCAGCCAGUCCAUAAGCUCCCAGUCUGUGGGCCAGCCGCUAGCCUCACCAGUCAUGUCCCAGGCUCCUGUUUUCCCGACCCAUCUGGGCCUCUCCCAGCCCGCGUUCCAGUUGUCGGCGCAGAUGGGGGCCAUGCAGCACCUGAAAGACCAGCUGGAGCAGCGCACGCGGGUCAUCGAGGCCAAUAUUCACCGGCAGCAGGAGGAGCUGCGCAGGAUCCAGGAGCAGCUGCAGCUGGUCCACGGCCAGGGGCUGCAGAUGUUUCUGCAGCAGCCGGCCCCCGGAUUGAACUUGGGUCCCGUGCACCUAUCCUCGGGGAAUUCCUCGAGCGGCCAGCCCCUCGCGGCAGUCAGCCUGCAGGGCCAGGUCAUCCAGGGCAACCCGGUCCACGGCAGCACCGCGCAGGCCCCGGCACAGCCGCCGCCGCCGCCGCCCCCCUUGCAGGCCCCCGCGGCCCAGCCAAGUCAGCAGAGCGUCCUCGGAGGGCCCGGUCAGCAGACCUCCCUCCCCAGCCAGAGCCCGGGCACCCUGGCCGCCCCAUUGUAUAACACUAUGGUCAUCUCCCAGCCCGCGGCCGGAAACGUCGUCCAGCUGCCCACCGGCAUUCAGCCCAACAGCAGCCCGAGCGCGGCCGUGACCGCUUUCCCCGCGGACAGGCCGCUAAGGUUUUCUCCAGGGCAGCAGCUGGUGACCAAGUUAGUGACCGCGCCCGUGGCGUGUGGCACAGUCAUGGUGCCCAGCACAAUGUUCAUGGGGCAGGUGGUCACCGCCUACCCCACCUUGAGCGCCCAGCCGCCGCCCCCGCCCACGCUGGCCCUGGCGCCGCAACCGCACGGCCAGCAGGACCCUCAGCCGCAGCCCCCGGCCCAGCCCCCCGCUCAGCCCCCGCCCCAGUUCCUCCAGACAUCCAGGUUGCUUCCUGGAAACCCUUCAGCUCAGCUCAUCCUCUCUGCUGCUUUCCCGCUGCAACAGAGCCAUCACCAGCAGCAGCAGCGCCUGGCCCGCCAUAGGACUGACAGCUUGACGGACCCUUCCAAAGUCCCUCCCCAGUAGCCCACGCCCCCUUCCUCCCGACGCACCCCGGGAGGGGCCUCCCGGGCCGCAGGGUGGCCCGGCCCCGGCUCUCGCGGCCGCGGGCCGGAGGGACUCCUCCCUGCCCCAGACGGCGGGGGCCGUCGGCACCCCGGAGCCGUCCGCGGAGAGAGUCGCCACGGCCGCCGGUCAGCCGGCCCGGCGGGAGCUCCCGCCCGAGAAGGCCGGGCCCCACCACGUGCGAGUCCGGCCGGCGGCCCCCGUUGACGCGUCCGACGUUGAGGUCGGCUGACGGUAAUGCCGUGAAUACAGUCCGAGAGGCUCUCUCCCCCUCUCCCCCUGGCACUUUUCAGGUGGCGAUGACGGGGCGGGAAGUAUUUUCAGUCGUGGAAUCCGAGCCCGGAGUGUACAGAUGCUGUGUAAAAUAUUGUGUAUAUGUCUGGAUAAAAGGAAAGCGCGGGAGCAAGGGAUUUUAUAUGCUGCAUGAAAACGUAACCCGUUCUUCGUAGGUUUGAGUACGUUUCCCCGAGUCGGCCCCCAACCCAGCACCCCGGUCCGACUAACCCCCGCCUCCCCCACCCCCCGGUUUACCACACGGCGCGUCGUCGCUUCCCCUCCUCCGGGGGUCCGGUGUUCUGUCCGUCGGUCGGUCUGUCUGUCCGUCCUCCCUCCGUGCCGUCGGGGCGUCCCGUGCGUGUUGUGUGCCGCCGCUGCGGCGGAUUCUGUCGUCCGGGUUCAGUUAUUGGGGCGAAGGACAGUGAUCGCCCGGUACCGUCGGCGGGGCGGAGCUGGGGUCGCGGGGCGGCGCUGGGGGGUCCGGCCCUCCCCGGGGCCACCGCUUCCUAUGGGGAGGGGCCCCGGGGGAGAUUGAUGUCAAAGGGUUUUUUUGUUGUUGUUGUUGUUUUUUAAAAAAAAAAAAAGGUCUAUGAAAGUAAUUUCAAGAAUGUUUCAGCCGUAAGAGUAAUUUGCACAAAGUUCGUAUAUUUUAGGCACUUUUUAACCUCCAUGGUGGGAGCCGUAACUUGUUCAGAAUUCAUCGGAAUCUCUUUCUUCUCCUUCACAACUUCAGUGUUUCUUUUAAUCCGAAAUGAUUCAGGGUCGUUUGGGAAAAAAAAGAAAGAAAAAAAACAAACAAAAACCAAAACCCCAGUGCCUUGAUUUUGCUUCAGGUGAUAACGCUGACCAUCUCAAACUCUGUCGUCUUUGACUCCGUAGCCAUUUUACAGUCCGGAAGUCUUAGUCCGUUUUUAACCAGACACAUGGGUGUCAGCUUCGUUCUCUGUCUCUGUGCCAAGUUUGCGAGCCAGCUGCCCACCUGCUUCGAGCCCGAGGUCAGGAGACGUUUGAGCAGGGUUACCCACCCUCCUCCCUCGCUGCCACGGUCAUUUAUCCCAUCUGGAAAUUCCUCGGCUCCCCGGGGCCCCAGGCCAAGAUAGAAGAAGAGGGGCGAGCGUUUCCGGGCCGCGGACCUGAUGGUCGCCGCAGCCAGGGCUAGCCGGGCGAGGGACGGGUGUCCGUCGAGAACGGGCUGGCCAAACUCUAACUCCCGGAGGCCCCGUGACCUAAGACUUCGGAAGGCAACCAAGGGCGCUAACGCAGAUUUCCAAAUUCCCCAGAAACCCCGUACCCUUUUAAAAGGAAACGCUCCUUAGAUUUUUUUUUACGGUACUAACUGAUGAAAACCACAUCUACCGAGCGAAAACAAAAUACGAAAGAAACCGAGAGCAGAUGCAGGGAGACUGGCUAGAAUCGCUAAAUGAUUCCCGCAAGAGGGCCAAGCGCUAGGUUAGGACAGAGUCACCGCGUCAGACCCGAGUUCGGAGGUCCGGCCGGGCAGCGCGAUCGGAUCGCGGAGGAGCGAAAUUGGGGGGAGGGCGGUCGGCGGCCGCGGGAGAGACCUCCAACCCCUCCACUGUGACCCCGGGGAGUUUCCCUCCGGUCCCGCGUGGUCCCUGCUUUCUCUCCCAGUGGCCGGCAUCGGGGACGCUGGCAACCCUCGGUGGGCCGAGGUGGAAGUGGACUUGAGAGAACCAAAGAGCGAGGGUGCCACCCAUUCCGUCGAAGGGGGCAGGACCCGGUUCCGAUACCGAUACGUAACAUAUCACAGAACCCUGCCCCGUCACGCCAUCUCUGGGGAGGGGGUUCUGACCCGUCCACGUCCCGAUGGGAUGGGCCGGUCGCGGGGUGGGGGGCGGAUGUGUACGCGCGUGUGUAUGUCUGUGCGUGUCGGUCCUCGCGUGCCCAAAAUCGACGGUUUAGAAGAUUUUAGGUUCAUUUCCCUCCCCAACCCCAAUUUAACGCUCACUUGUCACGUAGGCGAUAUGGGGCGGGGUCCGGCGGGCUCAUCCGGUCACUCGAUUACGGGCCCGGCUGGCACUGGGGGCGAGGCUGAACCCAGACGGGGGCAAGGGGGAGGUGGGCACGUUCCUUCCGGAGGGUGCCAGAGACCCCUGCGAGGGUGCCCCGGGGCUGGUGCAGGUGGUCUGGCUUCAGUUCGGCUUCGUCGGGCCCAGGGCCGGGAGCCGCCGGCUGGACAGGUCAUCCUCUGGGCCUGGGGGAGAGCGGAGUGCACGGGGAAAGUCUCGGGGCCCGCCCGUUAUGCCGGGCGCCCGGGGGCUGCCAGUCCCUCGGCGAGGUAGAAGGAUGGGAGAGACGGUGAGCUGAGGAGGGGGCUGGGGCGGUCGAUCUUUUUCAGACGGUCAGAUUCAGAGGGGAAUUCCGAGUAACUGGAAAAUGACGCAGGUUCGGGCAUCGCGGAACAAAGACGAGGGUCUAGCCGUCUCGUCCGCUAGCCCCCCGGGCGAUUUCUUUGCGACGGUCAGUCGCCGAUGGGCGAACCCAUCCCUCUCCCCGACGGACGGCCUCGGUGCUGCCGCACGACUCACUCGAGCGCAGCCCCGGCACUGGCCGUGAAAGGGCGGAGGGUCCGGCGGGGACGAGGUAGAGCGGGAGGAAAGAAGUCCCAGGGAGCAGACCCGACGGCCCGUGUCUGAUCGGAGGGUGGGGGAGGAGGGAGGGAGGGGAGGGAGAAAGAGCAGAGUUCUUAAGCGAAGCGUUUCUGAAGUAGUUUCAAAGGAAGAGAACUAUUUUUAUAGCAUAUUUAAUAUAUAUAUAUAUAUAUUUGUAUGAAACCGAGCGUAUAGUCGGGGCGCCUCCGUCGGCCUCGCGGUCCGGUCUCCCCGGCGGCGCGUGGCGGGAUCUCUGGAGGGGCCCGUGGGGUGCCGGGGGCGGGAAGGAUGACGGAGACCCCGGAGAUGGUUCAGUGGGGCCCGAUGCGAAACCCCCCCCCAACCCCAGAGCCCCCCCUGCCCCGGCCCUGCAGUCUAGAAGCACCAUUUGGACCCUCUCGAGCACUUUAUUCCACUACCCACGUGGUAAACGGCUGCUGAUCCGAGGCUGAGGGAUUCCUCCCGGAAGGGGGUCGGCAGCCACACCAAAGGAAGCGCUUUCGCCCUGGGACCCCCUGGAAGAGGGGGGUGUUCAGGGGAGAGAUUUCAAAGUGUCAAAACUCAUUUGGCUCUGAGCCUCUCGAAUGUAGUUGGGGGAACGGGGAGAAGGGCGACCUCCACGUGGGCCCGUCAGGCCCGCCAGGGUCCUCCCCCGGCCCCCUCCAAAGGUCCGGGCGGGGUGGGUUGGGAGGGCGCGGAGCGAGCACAUCAGACCGUGAGCCAGGGGGAUCAGGGUGGGCGCCUUUCAGAAGACCGCGUGGCGGUUUUAAGAAUCCCAGCUCGUCUCGAAUGUUCUCGAUGUCGUGUCACGGAACGCCGGCACGCGACUUUGAGGGGGUCUCCGUUUGCACUGCGGUCCACCCGGCCCCCCUCCCCACCCCACCGCGAGGCAGGUUGAGCGGACCCCGGCCGAGGGAGGGCCGCUCGCCUGACAGGCCUCCCCGCCAACCCUCCGGGAAGAGCUGGAGACGAUGAAACCGUGCUGAAAGUUAUUUAUACCGUGUGUUUGAAUGUUGAAUAGAUCACAGGAAAUGAAAACCAAGGUUGGGUUUUGUUUUUUUGUUUUUAUUAAAAUGGCUUGUCCAUGAGACUGUUUUGCAUAGUUUUUGUUCCUGUCCUGAUUUAACACUACAUUCCUCGUCUUUCUUGAAUAAACUUGUAAUUUAUAGGCUC